AUUGAUGAAGCGGAACACCAUAAAGCCAGUGAGUCGAUCUAAGCCCUGAAGCUUUCUUUGUCUCUCUCCUUUCUUUCUCACUCCUCAACUCUCUGAAGCCCUAGCGAUGGCUUCACGUAGACUUCUCUCAUCUCUUCUCAGAUCAUCCGCUCGUAGAGCUUCCUCCAGAUCUCCGUUCUCGAAUCCCAAUCCACGAAUUUCACUCACCACAACGUCGCGCGCUUCUCCUUACGGGUAUAUUCUCAAUCGCGUUGCUGAGUAUGCGACUUCUGCUGCGGCGGCUGCGCCUCCGACACCUUCGCCUCCGGCGAAGGAUGUUGGCAAAGGAGGAAAGAUCACCGAUGAGUUUACUGGUGCCGGUGCGGUUGGACAGGUGUGUCAGGUGAUCGGUGCCGUUGUCGAUGUGAGAUUCGAUGAAGGAUUGCCGCCUAUUCUUACUGCUCUUGAGGUUCUUGACAACUCGAUCCGUUUGGUGCUCGAGGUCGCUCAGCAUUUGGGGGAGAAUAUGGUUCGGACUAUUGCUAUGGAUGGGACUGAAGGGCUUGUUAGAGGACAGCGCGUGCUCAAUACUGGUUCUCCUAUCACUGUGCCUGUUGGUAGGGCUACUCUUGGCCGUAUCAUAAACGUUAUUGGAGAACCCAUUGACGAGAGAGGCGAUAUUAAGACCGACCACUUCCUUCCGAUUCAUAGAGAAGCUCCCGCAUUUGUUGAGCAGGCAACUGAACAGCAGAUUCUUGUCACUGGAAUCAAGGUUGUUGACCUUCUUGCGCCAUACCAAAGAGGUGGAAAGAUUGGACUGUUUGGUGGUGCUGGUGUAGGAAAAACUGUGCUCAUUAUGGAACUUAUUAACAAUGUCGCUAAAGCUCAUGGUGGUUUCUCUGUGUUUGCUGGUGUCGGUGAACGAACUCGUGAGGGCAAUGACUUGUACAGGGAAAUGAUUGAAAGUGGUGUGAUUAAGCUAGGUGACAAGCAGGCUGAAAGCAAGUGUGCCCUUGUCUACGGUCAAAUGAAUGAGCCCCCGGGUGCUCGUGCUCGUGUUGGUCUUACUGGACUUACUGUGGCUGAGCACUUCCGUGAUGCUGAAGGGCAAGAUGUGCUUCUCUUCAUUGACAACAUUUUCCGUUUUACCCAGGCUAACUCAGAGGUGUCUGCUUUGCUCGGUCGUAUCCCAUCUGCGGUUGGUUACCAACCAACCUUGGCAACUGAUCUUGGAGGCCUUCAAGAGCGUAUCACAACCACAAAGAAAGGUUCUAUCACCUCAGUUCAAGCUAUCUACGUGCCUGCUGAUGACUUGACAGAUCCUGCUCCUGCUACCACAUUUGCUCACUUGGACGCCACAACUGUGUUAUCACGACAGAUCUCUGAGCUUGGUAUUUAUCCUGCUGUCGAUCCAUUGGACUCUACAUCUCGUAUGCUUUCUCCUCACAUUUUGGGAGAGGAACACUACAACACUGCUCGUGGAGUACAGAAGGUCCUUCAAAACUACAAGAACUUGCAAGAUAUCAUUGCCAUUUUGGGUAUGGAUGAGCUUAGUGAAGAUGACAAGUUGACGGUUGCACGUGCACGUAAGAUCCAAAGGUUCUUGAGUCAGCCUUUCCACGUUGCAGAAGUCUUCACGGGUGCUCCUGGAAAAUACGUCGACUUGAAAGAGAGUAUCACCAGCUUCCAGGGUGUGUUGGAUGGAAAGUACGACGAUCUUUCAGAGCAAUCGUUUUACAUGGUCGGAGGAAUUGAGGAAGUGAUAGCCAAAGCAGAGAAGAUUGCGAGGGAAUCUGCUGCUUAGUUGACUCUUUUUUUCUUUUGAUAAUUAUGAAAAUUAAUAAUUUAGAUGAUGUGUUGGCGAUGCCAGCAACAGAGCCUUUUUCAAUUUUUUUUCCAUUUUGUUGCGGUGUAACGGAACCAGAGAUCUUCUGCUUUGUUGUUUUAGUCCGAAAGAGAGGGUUUUUCUCCACCAGCCUUGCCGUCGGCGGCUUUCUUCCUCCGCCCCCUCCCACCAUUGCUUUUCUUGUGUCUGUUUUUUUUUUCUUUAAUAAGGGGAGGAAACAGGACAGGACAGGACAGGACAUGUACAAUUUUUCCCUUUUCACGACAACUUUCUUACCUUAUUAUCGAACCCUCUUUUAUA